AGAAGCAAAAAAAGGAAAGUGGCAGAAACUUCAAGCACCUGAUGCUGUUUCACUAUUAACCGUGGACGUCAUUUGUGAAUUGUGAAUAGAGAAAAGACAGAUGAUUCUGAGAUCGGCAUCAUCGACCUCUACAUAUUCUCAACUUGGGUUUCUCCGUCUUUGUGGGAGACCGACAACCGUUUCUUCUAUCUCCCUACCCAACUCAACCAACCUCCCCUCCUCCUCUUUAAAAACUCCAAUCUCAAUCUCUCUCUUUCUAUGUCUCUCAUCACCCAUUUCCUCCUCUAAUCUCUUCCAUGGCAGUUCUGGCUCCGAGCUCCUCCUCUUACCACAUUCAGUCCAUCUCAUCCGCAAUCUUUGGUUCUAAGCUCCAAUCAGGGGAAAUUCAGCAGACCCGUCUCAGGUUAUUCACUAAUUCCAAGAGAUCUUUACAGUUAAGGUUACAGGCUACAUGCAACCUCUGGAUUGAUCCUAAGAGCAGUUAUCCGGGUUUGACCAUAAAGGCUUCCGCAGAGUCCUUAGGCCUGACCCAAAAAAUGAAAAGCAACAAACUGGAGAGAGUAGUGGAAACCGAGGAUGGGAGCGAGUUGUUUGAAGAUAUGAAACACCGGUUUCUUAGCUUCAAAAAGAACAAAUAUUUGGAAAACUUGGAACACUAUCAAAAUCUUGCAAAGGGUCAGUCACCAAAGUUCUUGGUGAUUGGUUGUGCAGACUCUAGGGUCUGUCCCUCAACGAUUCUCGGAUUCCAGCCAGGAGAAGCGUUUAUGGUGCGCAACAUUGCAAAUUUGGUACCACCCUUUGAGAGUGGACCCUCGGAAACAAAUGCUGCACUAGAGUUUUCUGUAAAUACUCUUGAAGUCAAAAACAUAUUGGUUGUUGGUCAUAGCUGUUGUGGAGGCAUUCGUGCGCUUAUGAGUAUGAAUGAUGAAGUAGACAAAAGCUUUAUCCAAAGUUGGGUUGUCAAUGGGAAGGAUGCAAGGUCGUGGACAAAGGCUGCCGCCUCCAAGCUCAGCUUUGACCAGCAAUGCAAGCACUGUGAGAAGGAAUCAGUUAACCGUUCAUUGUUAAACCUACUCACUUAUCCUUGGAUUGAAGAAAAGGUGAAGAAAGGCAUUGUCUCUGUACAUGGUGGUUAUUAUGAUUUUGUUGAUUGUACAUUUGAGAAAUGGACACUUGAUUACAAGGAAGACAAUUUGAAAGAGAAACAUGGCAGAAUCUCUGUUAAAAAUCAAUUACGUUGGAGCUGAAAUUUCUGUCCUGUUUUCUGAGUUUUUCCUCAUAUACUAUUCUUAAAGACCUGUGUAAUGUGACUAUUAAUGUAAUAAGAUUGUUGCAAUAAUAUUGUAUUCAAUUACUCUGUCGUUUAAUGGAAACUUUCCUGGCUUGCGCA